AUGAAUCAUGAGGUGCAGACCGUGAAGGAUGCAGUCCUCAAGCUUCAGUUUUCUCUUCUCGAGGGAAUCAAGCACGAGAGCCAGCUCACGACCUCUGGCGCACUCCUUUCUCAAAGUGACUACCAAGAUGUGGUGACCGAGCGCAAUAUAGCCGGCAUGUGUGGGCACCCACUCUGCACCAAUCCAUUGCCAACGGAACGGUCCCGGAAAGGACGCUACAGGGUCUCGCUCAAGGAGCACAAGGUCUAUGACCUCCAGGAGACAUACAUGUACUGCUCGACCGGCUGCUUGAUAAACAGCAGGGCCUUUGCUGCAUGUUUGAAGGAGGAGAGGCCCUCAGAUCUGAACCUGGCCAAACUUAGAGGAAUUCUUAAUUUAUUUUAUGGGCCAAGUUCAGGUCCUGAUGAUGCAGGGACGAGUGGGGAUGGGGGCAUGGGGCUGUCUGGUUUAAGGAUUGAGGAGAAAAUGGGUACGACGGCUGGCGAAGUGUCUGUGGAGGAGUGGAUUGGUCCCUCAAACGCGAUCGACGGCUACGUGCCUCGUAGAGAAAAGAAUUUGAAUGCUGGGCGGUCAAAUAAUGAUAGAAAAAGUGGGAAAAAGGAACACAUUGGACUUCCUUAUGGGGACAUGGACUUCACAAGUGUGAUUAUCACUCAAGACGAGUACAGCGUCUCAAAGAUUGUGCCUCCUGUGAAGGAUAAAGACCACAAAGGAAAAUCAAUAAGUAAUGAAGUAAAUCUCCAGGUUCAGAAGCCAAAUGCUCCAUCAGCAAGCACUCAUAAAAUGAGAUCCAAAAAGUUUGAUAAAUCUAAGGAUGUGACUACAUCGGAUGAUAAGGUCAGUGUAUUAGAAGAUAAUAUUGCUGGGCCUAGUCAAAAUGUCACUAAAGAGGGUGGAGAGGAACUCCAGACGGGAUCCAAGAAGUAUAGUAAGUCCAAGGAUGUGACUAUUAUGGAUGAUAAGGUCAGUUUAAAUAAUACUAGUAUGGUUGGUCCCAGCCAAAAUGGCGUUGAGAAGAAGGGAAAGGGAUCACAGUUGGGAAAAGAGUCGACAGCUGGUGUUCUUAAGUCCUCUUUGAAGUCUUCAGAUUCAAAUAGAACAAACAGAUGCGUUUCCUGGGCUGAUGAGAAAAAUGAUGCUGAUGGGAGAAAUCUUUGUGAGGUCAAAGAAUUAACAGAUGAGGAAGUCGGCCAAGAGUCGUACAGAUAUGUAUCUGCUGAAGCCUGUGCAAUGGCUUUAAGCAAAGCUGCAGAGGCUGUAGCGUCAGGAAAAUGUGAAGCAUCUACCGCCGUAUCUGAAGCGGGUGUUAUGAUAUUGCCACCGCCUCUUGGAGAGGGUGAAGUUAAAACUGAAGAGAAUGGUGAUGUGGUUGAUACGGAACCACUUCAACUAAAGUGGCCUCCGAAACCAGGAUUUUCAGAAGCUGAUCUGCUCGACUCUGAGGAUUCUUGGUAUGAUAGUCCACCGGAGGGGUUUAACUUAUCACUAUCACCUUUUUCCACAAUGUUUAUGGCACUCUUUUCCUGGAUGUCAUCGUCCUCUUUAGCCUAUAUAUAUGGAAAAGAUGAAAGUUUUCAUGAGGAAUACUUGUCGGUCAAUGGGAGGGAGUAUCCAUGUAAGGUUGUUAUGCUGGAUGGCCGCUCGGCUGAAAUUAAGCAAACUCUAGCUGGCUGCCUCUCUCGAGCCUUGCCAGGACUUGUUGCUGAACUGAGGCUUCCCAUACCUAUAUCAACUCUUGAGCAAGGAAUGGGACACUUGCUGGACACAAUGUCAUUUAUGGACCCACUCCCAGCAUUCAGGAUAAAACAGUGGCAAGUUAUUGUCCUUCUGUUUCUUGAUGCUCUUUCAGUCGCUAGAAUCCCUGCACUCACACAACAUAUGGUCGGUAGGAGGAUUUUGCUUCCCAAGGUCCUUGAGGGUGCACAGAUAAGCAUGGAAGAAUUUGAGAUAAUGAAGGACGUGAUAAUUCCCCUUGGCCGUGUGCCACAAUUCGCAACUCAGAGUGGAGGCUGA